AACGCUGAAGAAGAGCUCAGAACAGCAAGAAGGAAAAAAGAAAUCACCAAUAAAACAAUUUAGAAUCUGUAACUGUCACAGAUGACCAUUUAUGUAUUUGGUACUUAUGAGUGAAACAAGAAUGAUAGCAACUGGCUUUGUCAGUAGCCGGCGAACCUUGUAGUUAAGCCAAUUAGUAGUUGCCAUCUCAUUUCAAAACCUGUUGGUUAGCAAAGCUACCUAGCUGGUUAGCUAAUCCAGCCUUAGACCUUUAAAAUGUCUAUGAAGACACUUCCUCUGCUUUUCAUCAAUCUCGGUGGAGAAAUGCUCUAUAUUCUUGACCAACGCCUCCGAGCACAAAACACAAGUGAUGAUAACACACACAAAGGUAAUCUAACUAGCUCACAUGACAGACAGCAGCUAUACGUAGCAAGCUAAUAAUAGAGACUAGUAGUGCUGCAGCUGACACUGCUAAGGACAGGUAGUGGGUUAUUAGCCACUUGACAACUAAAUAAUCUUGUAUCUAUUUUUUUUUCUAUCUUUGACAAACCACUGGGUUGAAGGUGUGUGGUCAGAGGACGACCGAAAAAGAGGUAUAAUGUGUGUAGAUACAGUCUCUGCCUAUCUAAAGCAGACCUUCGUAUUAUGAGAACCUAAUGAGUUAUUUCAUAUUUCUUAAAUUUUCUUUAGAAGUAUAUUAGCAACUGGAUAAUAAAAAUUGCUUUGAGUUAUAAUUUGUAUCUGCUGCACAUGCUGAAGUUCAGCAUAAACUCUCUUCACUGUGGAUUCAUGGAGGAACUUCUCAUGCCUCAGGAGCUCUACUCUCACAGGGCUUUGAGAACCGUGCUAACACGGCUGGCCCACGCUUCCAUCAUGAGGCUCAACCCAGCCAGCAUGGACAGGCUUUACGAGUUGAUGGUGAUGGCUUUCAAGUACCAGAUACUGCUCUGCCCUCGACCCAGAGACCUGCUGCUUAUUUCAUACAACCACAUAGACGCUUUGAAAGAGUUUGUGAAAGACACCCCCAUCAUUGCCAACCAAGUGGACGAGACACAUCGAAAGAUCAUCGAGGUGUACACCCCGCUGUCUGAGAGUGAAUUUCAACUCCUCAGGCAAACGCUGCUCAUAUUCUUUCAAGACAUGCAUGUCCGUGUGUCACUUUUCCUCACUAAUAAAGUGCAGAAUCCCAACGGACAUUUUGCCCUCCCGACCACCGGCCCAGUGCCCCAGGGGUCAGAGGUCCCAGGGUUCAUCAGGGUGUUUAACAGCAGAGGGAAAGAGAUGAGACGAUGGGAAUUCCCUACGGGUGGCAGUUACACAAAUCCCCCACAAGAGGGCUCUUUUGAGCUUUUUGGAAAUAGAGUCAUCAGACUUGGCACCAAUAUGUACAGCGUGACCCAGCCAGAUGAGACUCACACAUCCAAGAGCUCCUCUCUGAAGGACAGCUCGGCCCCGAACCCCCUGGCCAAGGAGGAGCUGAACCUGCUGGCCCAUCUGAUGGGAGGGAUGGAGGUGGAGAGUCUGGUUCACUCUGAGAUCUGCUUCCGGGUCAACCUGUUCUCCUCCGACCAGGAAGAGGAGCAGGCCUCAGCUUCGGGAGAGGGCGGGGCCUCGUUAUUUGAAGUGAUUAGUAUUCAAGCAACACAGGACGUGCAGACCAACACGGAGCUGGCUCGGAUAGUGGAGGAGUUUGCAGAAGAGGGCAGCCAAUCAGAGGGCCCCAGCAGUAAAGGAGACGACCUGCUCGCCAUGAUGGAUGAACUGUGACUCCUGUGGAGCUGUUUCAUCAGUGUUGUAACUUGGGCAUGGUCAUGGCCACUCACAUCUGCCCAGAGAGUGAUGAAGGUAUGAGAGUACUGUGGUCAGUCUGAUCAAGGAUGGUCUUAUCAGGCUCCUGAUUGGGUCAUUCUGGCACUGCCAUGUCAAGAUGCAACUUCUUGGUAUUUAUAUCACCUGAUGAUCAACCUGCAUGUUACCCAUCAUGGUACUGUCUCUAGUGUGUAAAUAGGAGUUCGAUUUUAUUAGAAUUUACAGGCAUUUUAUUGUUUUCCAUCGAAGAUUAUUUGCAUUAUAUUUGAAUGUUUAUUGCACUUUCCAUCAUUACCGUACAAGUAUUUAUAACAAUCAAUAAAUAUUUGUAAAUGUCAAGUUUGUGGCAUAACGUUUCAUC